AAAGAAGAAGAAGACUCUAAAGCAGCCGAAGAAGAAGUGGGAGGAGGUGUUGUGUGCAGAUUAUUAGCGUGAGCGCUGUCAACAAACUCCCAGAGUGUAAUCCAGCACGCCUUUUUAAAUGGACAUCUCUUGACACAAACCUUUUCGGUUCAAGGAAAGCGGUGAGAGUCCUCCAGCAGCCGUGAACAACGAGCUGCAGAUGUUGCAGAUGUUGACAUGAAGCGGACGUUUUGUUUUGUUUAGCUAGCGAGCUUAUUCUCGUAAACAAACCACAGCUGGGACCCUCCAGCCUGACCCUUAUUUAUGUUCUGUGGUGAGGCCAUGACUACUGUCAACAUCACCAGAGACAUCCUGCACAGGCAGAUCAGAGACAAGAGAGCGUCAGGCUUCCAAAGGUUUUAUCAUGUGACGGACCCCUUCAUCAAGAGGCUUGGACUGGAGGCUGAGCUGCAGGGUCAUACCGGCUGUGUGAACUGUCUGGAGUGGAAUGAACGAGGAGAUUUACUGGCGUCGGGCUCGGAUGAUCAACAUGCCGUCAUCUGGGAUCCAUUCCGACACAAGAAGCUUACAACUAUGCACACAGGUCAUGCAGCGAAUAUAUUCUCCGUAAAGUUCCUCCCUCACUCCGGGGAUAGGAUUUUGGUAACCGGUGCAGCCGACACUAAGGUCCACGUGCAUGACCUGUCAGUAAAGGAAACCAUCCAUAUGUUUUCGGAUCACACCAACAGAGUCAAACGCAUUGCCACAGCACCCAUGUGGCCCAACACCUUCUGGAGUGCUGCGGAGGAUGGCAUCAUCAGACAGUAUGACUUGAGGGAGAGCAGUAAACGCUCUGAGGUGCUGAUCGACCUGACAGAGUUCUGCGGUCAGCUGGUUGAGGCCAAGUGUCUAGCUGUUAACCCACGGGACAACAACUACCUGGCAGUGGGCGCCAACGGGCCUUUUGUUCGCCUUUAUGACAUCAGGAUGAUUCACAACUACAGGAAAUCUGUGAAUCAGGGCACAUCAGCAGCAGUGCACACUUUCUGUGAUCGGCAGAAACCCAUCCCAGAUGGAGCCGGGCAGUAUUAUGUUGCAGGGCACCUGCCAGUGAAACUCCCAGACUACAAUAACCGCCUGAGGGUCCUGGUGGCCACCUACGUCACCUUCAGUCCAGAUGGCACUGAGCUACUUGUAAACAUGGGUGGGGAACAGGUGUAUCUGUUUGACUUGACGUUUAAACAGAGGCCAUACACUUUCGUGCUCCCUAAAAAGUGGCAAUCAUUACCAGCAGAUGUACAGAAUGGAAAGACGACCAAUGGCGUCUCCAAUGGAAUGCACUUGCCAACCAGCCAUAUUCGAUUUGCUGGGAGCAAGAUACAGUCUAGUUCGACUGAGCUCCCUCCACACUUGGAGAAGAUAAAGCAACAAGCUAAUGACGCGUUUGCACGGCAGCAGUGGACACAGGCCAUCCAGCUGUACAGUUUAGGUAUCCAUCAGGCGAGCUGCAACGCCAUGCUGUAUGGGAACCGGGCCGCAGCCUACAUGAAACGCAAGUGGGAUGGAGACCAUUAUGAUGCCCUCAGAGACUGUCUGAAGGCUCUGACUCUAAACCCGGCUCAUCUGAAGGCUCAUUUCAGGCUGGCACGGUGUUUGUUUGAGCUGAAGUAUGUCACUGAAGCUCUGGAGUGUCUGGAUGAUUUCAAAGGAAAGUUUCCGGAGCAGGCGCACAGCAGUGCUUGUGAUGCUUUGGAUAAAGACAUCAAGGCUGCUCUCUUCUCCAAGACAGAAACAGCGGAAGAUAAGAAGGCCAACAGCUCCAUUCGAUUCCACUCGUUCAGUCGGAAGGAUUCCAUCCCUGAAGAUGAGGUGGUGCUGAGAGAGCGCAGCUUUGACUACAAGCACCGCUACUGCGGUCACUGCAACACCACCACCGACAUCAAAGAGGCCAACUUCUUUGGAAGCAAAGGCCAAUACAUUGUUAGCGGGUCAGACGACGGCUCGUUCUUUAUCUGGGAAAAGGAGACGACUAAUCUGGUGAGGAUCCUGCAGGGGGACGAGUCCAUAGUCAACUGUCUGCAGCCCCACCCCAGCUACUGCUUCCUGGCUACCAGUGGUAUUGACCCUGUGGUCCGAUUAUGGAACCCUAGACCAGAGACAGAAUGUGAGAACGGGCGAGUGGUAGAGGACAUGGACGGUGCUGCUCAGGCGAACCAGCGGCGUAUGAACGCUGAUCCGUUAGAGGUUAUGCUGCUCAACAUGGGCUAUCGCAUCACAGGCCUGCGUGGUGUCGGCCCAGAUGGCUCGGAUGAUGAAGACAGCACAGAGGGACAAGUGCAGUGUCGGCCAAGCUAAACAAACUGUUGGCCAUUCUUUAGAAUGGAUGUAGGAAGUAAAGCACUCUCCCAGCUCCUGUUUGAAUCUUUAUUUCCCCCCCUGUUUGACAGAAACAUUAAGUGAAUGUCAUGUCACAUCUCUGCACUAUGCAUCGCCCUCCCCUGUCCAAAGAGAGGACUGGCGGAGAUCACUUUGGGGAGAGGAUUUCAUGGAGGGUGGAGAAGACGCCCAUCUCGCCCUAUUCAAAAGCACGGAAAACACCUCAGCCUCUUCCUCCACCCUGCGGUGGCAAGGGAGGGAGGACACCUCUGAGGAGAGCACGUUCCAACGCCACUCCCCAGUUUCUCACGAAGAAGGAGGAGUUCAGCACUUAUCCCUCCUCAGGUUUACGUAGGAGAGGCACACAACAUGUAGAAGGAGCAUCCUGCGGUCGGGCGACCUAUUUUUCAGGUUAGCGUGGCCACUUAGUCGCAAUGUCCUCCGUGGAGGAUUGGAUCACAGACCAGAAGACGGUGCUUUGUUGCAUCUCCGGUCUGCUCUACAGUUGGAGCUACGAGUCUUAGAGCCCGCUCAUCACAGAAAGGCUGCACACCCAAGUCAUUGAUUCUGAGUUAGACUUGAUCAUAUUUUCACUUGGUGUUUUUGGUCACAGUAAGCCUAGGAUUAAUUGUCACUUGCCAAGUUCUGAAAGUUGCAAGUGUUGCUCUGAUGAAAUGUAUUUAUGAGCUUUGUUUAGUUUAUAACUGUCGGGGGGGAAAAAAAAACAAGUGAUUAUUUUAUUUUUUUUCCUGCCAAAGGUCGUCAUUGACCAUUUCAAUGGCCAAGGAUUAACGUUGAUGUUCUUUGUUUCAUUGAAACAUACUUUUGGCAUACUGUGCUCCUUAGUUAAGAGGUUUUACUACAAUAGAUUGUUGAAAAGAUCAACAAAUAAAUAUUUGUAGAAAAAAAACAAAAAAACUUUCUAAUACAGUUUUUCCGUUUUAAAUCAAAUUCCAUUGAUUUCAAAUGUUGUUUGGCAUGAAAUGAAAUAUCAGUGUGAAACUUCUGUUGGCUAUAACUGGGACACAGAUGCUAAUGUGUGAAACACGAAAACUGAUAUACUAAGUAUUUGGUGGCGAUGGUGUUCCUGGCUGCUGGCUGCGUGGCUCUAGCACCUGCUGCAGUCAGGUGUUUCCUGCUUUCAUGAGGCUUCUCUGACCAUAGUUGUGGGUUUUAAAAUAAAAAAAUAAAAUAAAAAAAGGACACCAAGCCAUCUCAUCUGUUGCUCAGAGAACAGCUCAUCGGGUCUCCUUUGCCCUCGAUUAGGGUGAACGUUAAGAAAUGGGUCUUCAGCAACAUACAACACUAGGCUUCCAUGUGUUUUACUUUGUUCAUUAAUUUGAGAUAUGGCGUUUUUCUUUGAGGAAUCCUAUAAUAUCCUUUGUUGCAAAUAAAGUGAAGAAUAAAAUGAUUAAACGUC